GAUUUACCACAACCAUGACAGUGCACCCGACGACGACGUACCGGACAACGGCGCCCGAGCCGACACCAUACUACGGCAGCCUCCACUACGCCACCAAGCCGUAUGCGGCUGCUGCUGCGUACCCUGCCGAGACGUACACGCACUACGCCGACCUCUACGGCGAGCAAUUCCACCACCACUGGCAGCUCUCGGCGCCAAUCGUGGACGAGCCCAAGCAAGCCAAGGCGACGCGGGCGAAGCGCGCCAAGCAAGACACCAAAACGUACAAGAAGGAAUGGUAUGCCGCCCACCGCGACGCGCAGAAAGAAAAAAUGAAGGCGUGGUACGAGAAGAACAAAGCCAAGCGCCUUUUGCAGAUGAAGGCCUACAACUCGCGCCGAUUGCAAAUGCAACGCGAAGCCAGCAAGGCGAAAUCGUCGCCGCCGACCAACGCAGAGGCCAACAAGGCUAGUCUGAGCUUCAUCUUGUGCGAUUAGGCACUCGCGGUCGUGUCCAAUGUGUCCUUCUUGUCUGUUGUACCAGUAGCGCUUCGUUAACAUCAAUUUAUUCCCUCCCCUCGACGAUUAACGACUCG